AGAGUUCAUCUUGUGGUGAAAAUCUGAUUUUAUAGAGAACUCACGUUCGUCCUAUGAAGUUUACCUGCGAAGAUCGCUGGUAAAAGGAUACUCUCGACGUGGUCGAGAUGGACGUGGCGAGCGCUCCUGAGAAGGAUGCUUCGGAUGUCGCACACGUGCCACAAACGGAUAGCAAGGUAUCAUCUCCUGCUGGAAAUGUGCCAUCCAAGACAGACAAUCAUGAAACGACGGAGAAAUCCGUCGGCACAGAUACGAUUGACGUUCCAACGGAAUGCCCUCCGUUAGAAAAUGGUCUUCUGAAGACAGAAGCUUCAUUGACGACCGUCGAUUUGACGGUCAAGUGUUCAAGUCUCGCAACUGAAACCUGCAAUGCUACAGUUGUGAAGGAGGAUGACGACGAUAUCAUUGUAGAACAAGUCGUUCAUCGAGCCGCGAAUGCGGGUUCCCCGACAAAGCCUUUGAAUCUGUCGAAGAAACGUCCGCUCCCCGAAUUGAAUGAAAUUCAAUUCAAACCCUCUAAAACACCACCACCUCCACCGCUCGUGAAAGUCUCAAAGCCAUCGUCGAAAGACUCAUUUUGCGACGAUGUAAAUCUAAGCGACAAUGAUUGCAUUGUUGAAGCCGCAUCGUUCGUUGUCCCUUACCUUUAUCAGAAGAAUAAGUUGAGCAAAAUCCCUGAACUUUGGAAAGAGUUGCGAAGUCAAGCAGGAGUAAGUUGCUCGGAUGAAGAGAAUCAAUCUGCAGACGCUAGCAAAGAAGAGCCCGCUGAGAAAGAAGGAGUGGAGAAUACCUACUUCGACGAACCAAUCGGCUCAUUUCUCGUCGAGAUCGGUGCUAGUUUGGUUCAGGAGUUCGUGGAUUUUGAUCAUCUGAGGCUUCAGAAGAGGCGGCUGGAAAAAGACGGCGGACCGAAUGCCCCAGCUGCGGCUCAUGAGGUGAUAAAAGUGAUGACUGAAAGCUUGGAGAACAUUAAAGGGAAGAACAUCCACCUAAAAUUGGACAACAAUCGUUGCAAAUCGUGCAACUUCCGUUCAACUUCGACUACUGUGAUGGCGUGGCACGACGAAGUUCCGCAUGCAGGAUACGGAAAUCUUUUGCGAUGCAACUUUUGUUCCUUCGCGUCGCGGAACGUUCUCGAAACGCAAGAUCACUUCCGAAUCACUCACAAACGCUCUUUCCGUCAAGAUAAGCCUGAAGCGAAGUUCCAGUGUUCUUAUUGUCCGUGGGAAGACAAGCAUAAGCCGCGGUUCAAACGUCAUCUGGAGCUCUGCGAAAAGAAGUUCAUCGCCGAGAGGAAUUGCGAAAUCAACGCCGAAUGGGAGCCAGCCGGAAAGCUUCCGGUCCCCCCGCCUCUGAAACCCACUCCGACGACCAUAUCCCGAAAUUCGUUGUCAUCUUCAAAUUCAGCAGCAGCUCAAGCCAGAAGCACUUACCAGUUUCAUCCGUUAAUGCCAAAAGAGCAUGUGAAAUUCGCGAAUUCAUACAUCGCAGCCACCUCAAAGCCGACGCGGGCUCCUAAGCCCAUAAUUAAUCAAGGAAACCCUCAGCAAGGCCAUGGUCGACUUGGAAGCAUCCCUACCCCUAUGAUGGCUGCCAACCAGCCUGUACCACAGAGACCAGCUUCGUCUUUGACAAAAGGGAGUAAGCCCGUCAUUGAAUCGAACUACUCGCGAAUUCUAUGGUCUCAGCAACUUCAGCAGCAAAAUGUGUCGUGGCUCAACAGUCUUCAAACGAACGGACAGGGAGUGGCAAUGGCAGGUGGAACGUCGAUCUCUUUGGUGCCAUCCGGCGGCGGUGGUAGCAACAAAAAGUCUUUAUUCCCGUCAUCCUCCGUCACGAUUCGACCAAUCCCUGGAAGUACUCCAGAAGCUGAUCCCGGACUAUCUAGUUCCUCUUCGAAGAAUUCGCCGCAGAUUAAUUUCCCCUUCACGCUGCCGUCGUCUUUAUCUAUUCAGUCGUUGAAAUCGAGUGCGGGUUCAGGAGGAAAGGUUUCCUCGAAGCAGACUCCGAAGGGGGCGGAACUAAGUCGUGCUGGUCCAUCUCCAUCGGUGUCGAUUACGCCGCUUCCGAACUCUGGCGGCCCGAAACGACCACAAACUUCAGCGGGAUCAUCUACGAAUAAGAGGACUGCAGGCGCAGCUCCUGGCAAAUUCCGAGCCGGUGCAGAUGGACGAACAAAUGUUCAGGGCGCUGAUUCGUUUGUCGUCUGUGAAAUUUGCGACGGGUACAUUAAGGACUUGGAACAGCUUGGCAAUCAUUUGAAAUGGAUUCACAAAGUUUCCUUGCAUCCGCGAUUACUUCAAAGUCGUCCCCCGUUGAACUGCCAGAAAUGUCAGUUCCGGUUCUUCACGGACCAAGGAUUAGAGCGACAUCUUCUUGGCACUCACGGCCUCGUCACGUCGUCGAUGCAAGACGCUGCCAAUAAAAAUCAGGACUCGGGUCGCUGUCCGAUCUGUGGAAAGAUGUACCAGUGGAAGCUUCUGGCGCACGUUUCCAAGGACCACAAGAAGAAUUUGAAGCCGGCGCAUUUGUCGUACAAGUGCACGGUAUGCACGGCAACGUUCUCCAUGUACGGCCAAUUCGAGCAGCACGUGUACAAUGAGCACUCGUCUCUUGCCAAGAAACAAGCCGCUGCGAGCAAAGCUCAACAAAAGGACGCUGCGGAGACGCCAGCCGUCAGCGAACCCCCAGCGAGCAAAGUGCCAUUGCCCGUGCACAUCUCGGAUGAGAUCACCAUCAUACCGCAGCCCAGGGCCGGGGUUGCUUCUUCGAGCGCCACCACUGGGCAAGAACGGGGUGCGAGUGGGCGGAAAGCGAAAUUAAUGACGCCGGUGAAGCGGCAGAGGCCGAGUGAAGUUCCGCAAUUGCCUGAGCUUAAGCGGUUGAAAAAUUGACAAAUGCUAGGUUUUGGAGUUGAAGAAUAGGUUUGGGCCAUGACUCUUCCCCCACGCUUCCACCAGCGUCUCGUCCAAAUGAUGCGUGUACCUGUCCCAUCUGUUUGUGUAGUUGUGAGAAAUGAUGCCGGCUUCCCUCGAGCAAUAAUUAAUAUUUCAGGGAAUUUAGCUGAGGUGUGAUUUAUCCGGGUUGUGUGAUUCUUCUUCCCACGGACUCCUUCUCCACGCUCGUAUUUCUCUUCCAAAUUAAGAAGCUUGAUCAUGUCUAGCAAAAUUAAAUUGCUCUUUAAUCCAAAAGCUGCACUUCUUAUCCUAGACACCAAGUUUUUCAUCUCCUUAUCCAGGGCUGCAAGUGCUACGUAUAUCAAUGCUGUUUCUCUUAAACAUGUUCAUUCAAGCCAAAAAAUAUUGUAUGUUGAAGCUCUUCAAAAAGGGGUAAAGCUAUCAUGGAGAAUAUUUGAAGUAAGGCCGAGAAAAAUUGGCCAUGUGACUAUUUAUUACAAUAAUUUAAAUGUCUUCGUGUAAAUUUGAAACGCACGGUGAAGUCAUAAUCAUUGAUUAGUAGACUUGAAUGCUUCUGAGAGUCUAGUGUGAUAGAUGGAAAUUUCUAUUGAUUGCUUGCUGUCGUAGAGUCAAAGAGAUGAGCUUUUAAGAUACUGUACCACCAUUUAUUUUUCGUGUUUGGCUUUUGGUCUUUUCUAUCUGCAGAUGCUCAUGUUGAGAAAAUAAUGUUUUGAAAAUACUGUAACAAUUCAUGAAAGAGGAUAGAAACCUACUUACCAAUCUUUUGCGACUAGAGUAGUUAAUUUGAAUCUUGAUUGACCUUUUUUUACAUUGCCCUUUAAAUUUCCUCUCACGAGAAACGGUUCAAAAAUAAAGGAUGGUGCAUUUCUCUUGGCUUUUCAAAUCAAACUUUCGCCGAUGGAGAAAAUUCGUUAGGAAAUUGAGUCAUAACGCCUUCGAUUAGUUUUUUUUUGGCACGGAUCGUCCCACCUCGUACAAUUACCAUUAUUUGUUGGAGAGGUUUCCGCUUUUGUGUUACGGCCAAGUCUACGGUAGUCAUGGUCAUUUUUGAUGCUGUGACCUGGUAUUGUGAACAAAGUCGCCCGGUAUCUCUCGGUGUCGUGUUCUUCAAAAAACAAAAAACAACGAAAUGUGUCAACAAAAAGGUAGGGGGAGGAUUUAUAUUGAAGGACCUGGUGGAAGCGUGGAGAUGAGUUAUGUCCCGUUUGUUUUUAUUUCCUUUUGAUGUUAUAGCUGUGAUCUUGGGCACAUCUGUCUCCCCGUGUUUUCCCUUCCCCACUUUGCAUUUCGUCAUGUGUUCGUGGAGUUCGUUCUUUUUUUUCUACGAAAUGAGAGAGAAGUUUUAUCGGUUUGUUGGGGGGGAGAGAUCGAGGCGUAACUUCGUGGGGCAGUAUGAUAACCGGUUACGCGUGGCGUCUCGUUUCUUUGAUUUCGAUUUAUCGUUGACAAUAAUCUUUUUUUCUCUCGUGUGGGACGGAAUAGAAUUGCUGGUACUUUUCCAUUGAAGUGAUGACACUUAAGCGUUGUUUUAAUCGGUGAACUGGGUUCCGAGG